GGAGUUGGUGUGGGCGAUUUUUACUUGUCUUGUCCUCGUCCCAUAAAGAUGUAAAGUCAAAUAGUCUAUAUUUUUCUCCUGUUAUUUGAAGGUGUUACAUACGCGACCGGGUUGUGUUUUGUUAGGGUUGGUAGAUCGUCUUCACGAUUUGUCAUCUUCUCAUUUUUCAGCAUCCCAUUCUGAGAAAAUAUUAGAAAUUAACUGUAUCCAAUAGCGAUCUGCGCGUCAGUGUCCGUGUAUAUAUCGUAGCGGUACCUAACAUUUUCUCUAGCUAGAAACAGCUUUCCCUUUCGAGCACCAAACUCGAAAAAAUUCUACACAUCAGUACAUUGUACCAGGACGAACAUAACAAGUCGCUAGUGAAGAUCCUCGUCAGGGACAACAAUCAGAACCACGGGCAAUCAUGAUGUUUCUGAUGCGCGGCACUCGUGUCACCUCGAUGAUGAACAAACGCCGCCCUCUCCUCGCAGCCGGCCUCGCGGUCGUGGCAGAGGUGAGUCAACACCAGGGGCGCCAGCACCUCCUCCAGGGCGUUUCCGCGGUCGCCUUUUAUGCAUUGCAAAUAUGUAGUCUGGGUCUGGAUCUGGAAGGAUCCAGUCAUGCUUGUCUGGCAUGACUGGAGAGUUUGUGUUGCGUGUCCAAGAAGAGACCCUGUUGCCUGUCAUGCAAAACGCAGUUUGUCAUGCGGAAAGCGCAACACUAAGCAGCGCGAAUAUUUCUCAUGCUUGGCAGCUGUGCAUUACAGAGAAUUCACUACUCACAACUGAGCAUUACAAGUUUCCAGACCUCCCAGACUGACAUAUUUGCAUUUGAUAUCUUUUACUCCUCUAUCAAGUCCUCGUCGAAAUCGAAAUUAAGUGUGAAGAAGAGCAGAAAGGCUGUGGCGACUGCUCCACCUCACUCGCUGCUGCAAAAUUACAACGCGAAAAACAAACUAUCUUCGACGUUGCAGAGGACGAAAAUUGUAAACCAGGAGAAAAGCAACGCCCAGUUUCUGUUUGUGAAGGAGAGCAGCCAGAAGAACAAGAAAAAGCACACGGCGGCCCUGGGAAGUGGGCUUGCGAGAAGUACCAUUGCUCGCGAGAACUCAACCACGGCCGACGCCGUCACACUGUCGUGGGAAGACGUCCGCUCCGCCGCCGACGAUGCUGCGGUCGAGACGCUGGUCAACCAGGCAUUCGCGGAUGCUAUUGCCGCAAACCUCACGACGCAGGACGCCGUCACCGCGAAAAUUCCUGCUAUCGUCGACGCCAAAAAUGCCCUCGCCGGCGCGGCGGCGGAUGGAGGUUCCGACGACAUUGCGGGGCUCGAAUCGGCUCUGCAAGCAGCGAUCAAAGCGGCGACGGAUUUGGUGUCUACUAGUAGUACCAUAUGCAUUGCAAAUAUGUUGUCUGGGUCUGGAAGGUUCUAAACUUGUUAUGCAUGUUUUCCAUGACUGACCCAUGGCCAUGAGGUCUGGAAUGCGGGACCUAGCAUGACAGACUCUGCGAGGUCGUUGUCAUGCCUAUCCUGCAUGAGAAACUCCUCGUUCCUAACUCGGUCGAAAGUGGACAGCUUUUGGCACUCAUGCAACACGGAUUUUUGCAUGAUUCGGAUUUGGCAUGACAAGUUGCAAGAAUCUUCUAGACCCAGACAUUUUUGCGAUCCAUAUACCACCAGCUCCACGUCCCCUCCGGGCUCGGGCACAUUGACAUGGGACCCCCAGAUCACUGCCGCCGAGAUCCAGGCGGUGGUUGACGCUGUCGAUCCGGCCCUGACCGGGGACCAGAAACAGGCGGCGAUCAAGGCCGCAGUGUCCGAUCUCCUUCGCAGCGUCAUGCCUAUCAAAUGCAAAUAUGUCUGGGUCUGGAAAUAACUUGUGAUGCAAGUCAGUGAACAAUAAGCAAACUGCAAUGUGCAGCAAAGCAUGACAAGUUUUUUCGUGCUUCUGUGCUGCGCGUUCCGCAUGGGAAACUGCGUUUCUGCAUGACAGAAAUGAGAGGCGAGAGAGGCUGUUCUUGCCCCCGCAAUACAGAGUACAGAGUCAUGCCAGACUAGCAUGACAAAUCUUGCAAUCUUCCAGACCGCCAAACAUAUUUGCAGUGGAUAAUAACGCAGUUGGUCGCUGACAAAGCGGCACAGCAGGUCGCGGACGCAGCCUGCGCAGACCCCUUCGUGCAGGCCGAUCUCAUAUCAAAUGCAAAUAUGUGUGGGUCUCCUGGGAGAUUGCGAGAUUUGUCACGCUAGUCUGACAUGACUCCGACCUCUGUAUUGCGUGGCCGCGAAGAGCCCCUCUCGCCUGGGAUGCAAAAACGCAGUUUCUCUUUCAUUUCUCAUGCGGGGUACUUAAGCAACUCAGAACCACACAAAAACUUGCCAUGCUUGGCUUUGGCAGAGCAUCUCCGUGUGCUCACUAUUCCCUUCUAUGCAUGAUCACAAGUUCUUUCCAGACCCAGACAUAUUUGCAAUCCAUAUCUCACCGCCGCCAUUGCAGCCGCCGCGGGCAUGACGGUGGUGGGUAUCCCGGAAGGUGCGGAGGAGGCGCUAUCCGGAGGAAAAACGUCCCCACAACAGAGUCAAGAUCUUCAUGGGGACUUUGCAACACAAACCUAGAAGUUUUGGGAGUCACGCGUGACAAGUUGCAGUUCGUAGUGUAGUGGUACAGGUUGGCAAGGACAGUGCCGCAUUACAAAUCCAUCUCCUGCUUAUCCUGUUUACAGCAUUACAAAUUUUAUUUCUAAAACGUGAUUGGCAAUGCCUAGCAUGGGGAUGUUGUGCGUCAGAAAUGUUCCCGCCAUUGCGAAUCUGCAUGAGAACUCUGGGAGCAGGGGUGGGGGCGUUUUUCCUUAGGAUAUGCGCUCGCGGAUGUUCAGUCCGUCGUUGUUUCGGUCCUGAACAAUGCCACACUCACGGCGGAAGAGAAGCGCGCGGAGCUGACGAAGCAUAUGACAAUGCACAACUCCCCCUCCCCCUCAUUUGUAUAGCAUGAACGGCAAUACAAGCUAGCUGCAUCCGCAAGAAUAUCGGUUUUGCAUGACAAAUUUGCACUGAAUUGUAGUGCUCUAUGGGCUUCCAGGAUGUGUCAUGCAAACAGUGCUAGAAGGCAGCAGCUGGAUUUCGGAUUUUGCAUUACAAAUGAGGGGGAGGGGGAGUUGUCCACUUUCAUAAAGCAGUUGACGGACCUCAUGACUCGUUUCGGGGUGAUAUCAAAUGCAAAAGCGUCUGGGUCUGGAAGAAUGCAACUUGUGAUGCUGUAUUAGGAUGUCUGAAAAAUUUGUGUUGCAUGAGCAGCAGAAGGCUUCUAAUGUUUGCUGCGCGGAGAGGGCAUUCGCAUUUGUCAUGCGGAAUAGGCAUCAAGAAUCCCUCAAAAAACCUGUGAUGCUAGGGCACGCAUCACAGACAUCAUGGCUCCUGCAAACCGUGCAUGACAAGGCUCAGAAUUUGCCAGACCCAGACACUUUUGCACUUGAUAGGUGAAAGACGACAAUCCUCUCCUGCAUCAGGGGCUUGAGGACUUCGUCUGGUGUGCGGCACCAGAUGACCCGGCGACUGUGGACGGAGAAACGGUGGAGACUCAGAUGAAAAACAUUGCUAUUGAGCUGGCGAGGAUUUUUAUGACACUGCACAACUCCCCCUCGUUCUCAUUUCUCAGGCAAAGUCCACAAUUCCAGUUGUUCCCUUGCGUCACUAUUAUGCAUGACAAAUUCCGGAAGCCCAAACAGUACUACACUAGGCACCCAAAUUUGUCAUGCAUAGGCUCCGCGUGUGGUGGUGUUUGUACUAUAAUUUUUGCUGUCCAACAUGCUAUACAAAUGAGGGGGAGGGAGAGUUGUGCACUAUUAUAAUUUUGAAGGAGCAGACGCAGGGGGAAACGACCAGACCCCCGCUACCACCGGGAGUGAGCCCCGGAGUGAGCCCUGUAACUGACACUGGCUGCUUAGGCACGGGAGGCAUGGUAUCCUGAGCAAAAACGUCCCCACCCCAUAGUACUUAAGUUGGACGAAAAUCUGCUAGACAAAUCAACCGGCUUUCGCUGUUGCGCAUGACAAGAACAAGUUCGGCCUCGGUGUAGUACGUGUAAUUCUGUUUUUUAGCUAGUUCAUCAGCAUGAUCACAGAUCGAGCGCAUUAAUUUAUUAUCAUACUGCUGCGAGCAUCACAAAUUACAAAAUACCACCAAAAAAUGCUUCCCAUACGGCUUCUCCGCAGGAGAAACAUUUAUAAGCAUGUUGCAGAUUUGCAUGACAGCGCUGGAGUGGGGACGUUUUUACUCACGAGACAUCGUGGAGUUGCUUCUUCUCGGCGGCGUGCCCGUGCUGCUGUUACUCUGCGUCGCUGGCAUCAUCCUCUGCUACUGCUGCGGCGUCUUGUGUAUGAACUGCAAAAGUAUCGUACUCGUAUAAAUUGCAUUACAAAUCUUGGUAAGAAGAGAAAUGGAAUUUGUAAUGCUGUUUUACCUUAGGAGGAAGAUUUGUCAUGCGUAUUUGCAAUUAGUACGAGUGCGAUACUUUUGCACAGCAUAUUGUGUUUCAAGAAGAAUGACUCCACUACUUCUGCCGGUCGCGGUCGCGCCGCCGCCCCGGGCACAACCACCGCGGCCCGAAAAUCCGCCGGGCAGCAGGUGGCUGCUCCACUGGCGGGCGCUGGCGCCGCCGUCCGGCAGUCCGCGGCCCAGGCCGCUGAUGCGCAGGCAGCCGGUGCGCCGCCGGACGCGCUUGCGGCGGCUCGCCAGUCCACCGGCGGCCAGGCUGCGGCGGUGGGCCAGGUGGCGCCGGGUGCUGCGGCUGAUGUUGCACGGCAGUCCGCGGGACAGGCUGCGGCGCCGGAAAUGGGCGGAGAUGCUGCUGCUGCGGUGGCGCCUCAGCCGGCGGGUGGGGGUGAAGAAAUUACGCCGGCGCCGACCUCGGAGGAAGAAGGUUAA